CUAAUCUAAAAAUAGACUGUUGUAUACAAAAAUCCAUUUAAAAUAUUAUAUCAUAUUAUCUAUGAGCAAUGGGCAUUCCGUAACCCGCAUUUCUCGACAGUUAGACAUAAUAAUAUUAUGUUAUAGAAUUAAAUGAUUACUGCCUACUGACAUAAGACAAUUUUUGUGAUGUGACCAAGUGGCUAAUGCUGGGUAUACGCACGUUUUUCAGAGCAUACUUGCGGUCUCUAGUUUUUUUCUUGAGUAUGCUCUCUUUUUAAAAUUUGGAAAGUGGGUAUGCGGCGCAUACCUGCGCAUACCCUCCACUACAUCCCUGCCGAACACUACUCGACAUGGCGAUGUGACGUGAAUCCACCUUUAUUCAUAGUAAUAUUGCCUGGCGUGGUCUGUGCUACCAUACAUCGCACAAAGUACAGUACACACAAUGUACGCGGAGUCACGUCAUGAUAUAAUAUUUAGAGCAACACGGUAAUACGUGGAUCGUAACUUUCUGACGGUCCGAUCCUCGGGUAGGCGCGUUGCCGUGUGCGCACUGCGCAGAGUGCCAGAGUGCUGUAGUUGUCCGUAAGCUCUGCUGUACACUUGGACCACGAUUGAGCUAUUCAAGAUAAUAAUAUCUACAGCCGCGACAUGAACCAAACCUGGAUGUCGACAACCAUGUAACGUGUUCUCUUGAUAUCAUGCAUUUUUUCUACAAACCGCAGUAACUUACAUAACCUAAUAAUAUUAUUAAUGAUUAUUCAGUAUUGUUUUCGUUGUAACGUAACACGGCUAUUAGCGUUGUCCUGUUCUAUUGCCUAUUAACUUACUAACGACGCUGAUACAGAGCACAUGCUUAUUGCUUUUGAGUUUUCUUAAUUAUAGUAAUUACGGUACUUGUGGUUAUUGUUGUUUUCCAAAUCCUAAAUAUCAUUAUAAAUUUGCAUUUUUUGUCAUAUGCGUACGCGUAAAUAAAAUACCCAAGACUUAAUUCAAUUGACGUUUAUAUGUGUCGUUCUUGUACCAUCUUCUAUGAUGUCGAGUUCCAUUGAAAUUGAUGAGAUAAUAUCUAAUUUAAGAGCAACCAUCACAUCAAACAAAGGCGGUGUGCAAUUAAAUUGCAUUGAAUCUGAUUAUUAUAAUUUAAUUGGUGAACCUAUACCGUAUCGAAAACUAGGAUACAACUCUUUAGAAGAAUUUCUUGAGCCUCUCAAGGUAUUCAAAAUAAAAAAUAAAGGAUUCCACAAAUUUGUGAAUGUUGUCAGUGAUGGAAAGACUCAACACUUAGAAAAAAUGAUAAGCAAACAAAAAACCAAGUCUAAACGUUCAAAAUCCAAGUUAUCUGCAGUACCAUAUAAGAAUUUGAAUAAUACUCUUAAUGGUUCCAACAAUGCUAUGCAAUAUCGGUUGAGAAGAAAAAGACAAUCGGUCAAUUAUUUUGAAAAUCGUACCGCUGAUGGAAAUCCUACCAUCAAAGAAAAUGUUAGACCUCCAAAAAUGAAAUAUGAAAAUAAAUUACUGAACAACGAAAAUAAAUCAAAAGUAUUUGCUCAAGACCGAUUACAAAAAUAUGGGAAAAAAGAUAUUAAUCAAAUUGAGGUUAAGAAUGAAGAAUUAAAAAAUGAGACUAUAAUUGAUGAUUCAUUAUUGGAACUAUCAGAGAUUUUCACAAAAAAAUGCAAUAUCCAGGAAACGGCAUGCAGUAUACCAAUACAACCUAAACAAAUACCUUCAUAUUACAAUGAGCAGACUAACUUGGAAAUAAAUCAGUAUACAUUUGAAAGUAAAUGCAAGAAAAUUGUAACAGUAGUAGCUGUGUUAAGUCCUUCAAGCAUUUGUGUCAUAUUGGAAGAUAGCAAUACUAAUACAGUGAUAACUAUAUUAAAUAAAUUGAAACCAUUUGAUGAAUUCCCAUUCAUCAAAGAAAUUGUAAUUGAAAAAUUGUUGGAAACCAAGUGUAUUCUAAUUCCAAACAGUGUAAUUACAAAUCCCCCUACUGUCACUCUAUAUUAUUUGGAAACUUUGAUGAAUAUAAAUGAUGUCAUAUUCAGUAGUUUCUAUGAAAAAGUAACACCAAAGAUUACUUCUGGAGAUAAAUUUGAUUCUAGCGAAGCUAAACUAAUAUCAAUUGAAGCUGGAUACUGUUAUUUGCAGUUUAAUCAAGAUUUAAUAAAAUCCCUGGAAAAACUUUUUUCAUCUGAUCAAUUUUCAGGACCUUCUUUAAAAAAUUGUAGAGAUAUUGAUUAUAAAGAUACAUAUUUGGCUUGUUAUAAAUCAAACAUUAAGGGUAGAGUUAAAGUGGAGUAUUUCGUUAAUGAUUAUCAAGUUAAAGUAUUUUUUAUUGACUAUGGCUGUUUCAAGAUUGUUGAAAUAGAUACACUAAUUGAUUUGCUCAGAGUUGACGCCCUUCUUGUUCGAAUUCCAGGUCAAGCUAUUAAAGUGGCAUUGCACAUGUUUCCUCCCGAAGAUGUUACUAGCAGAACAGAAGAAGAGUUAUUUAAUAUUUUAGGGAAUAAUACCAAUGUAUCUAUUUAUAAACUUAAAGAUUUUAAGGGACAAAUUCCAUGUGUUCAGUUAUGGAAUAUUGCAUAUCCUGAUACAUUUAUCAACAUUAUUUUAUACUCAAGAUUAUUCAAGUUUUGAAGCAAUAAAGUAGCAUUGGAUACAAAGAAGAAAUAAUUUUGGAUUCAAUUAAUAAUAUAUUUAAUAUUUAUCAUAAGUUAAAUAAUAUAUUUCAUAAUGAAGUUG